UUCCCACGGCCCCGCGCCCCCGACCCGCCCACGGACGCCCUCGACCCCGCCACUCUCGUUCCACUGCAGCCCGAGGUGGCAGGAUGAGGAGCCCACCGGUGACGCUGACCCUGCUGCUGCUGCUGCUGCUGGAGCCGGCGGCACGGGCAGCCCCCAGGGCAGGGGUGCACAGGCCUGAGCCCCCACCAACCACAAUCCCGGAAGCGUAUCCCGAUCCGCUGAGCCCAGAGUCGCUGCCGCUGCCGCUGCUGCGGGGCGCAGUGCGGAGCCUGGGGUUGCCAGAGCAGGACGUGGAGACCAUGCCACGGGAGCAGGCCCUGCUCUACCUCGUCGUGCUCCAUGAUCACGACCGGAGUGGGCACCUGGAUGGGCUGGAGCUGCUGCAGCUGCUGGGCACUGUGCUGGCACAGGCCAGGGGGCCGCCAGACCCUGACAUGAUGGCUGCUCUGGUGGACCGAGCCCUGGUAAGGCAGGACCGCAACGGGGAUGGGCUGCUGGACCCUCACGAGCUGCUGUCACCUGACUGGGGUCGGGGACCCCUGGGGCAGCCCCCCCUGGAGCCACAAACAGGGGCUGAGGCUGUGCCUGAGGAGGGCACAGAGAUGCUCAGGGGGCACCUGGGAGUGAGUGACCCAGGGCAGGCUGCCCCUGAGACUGGAGCCACCCAGGCUGGAGCCCCUGAGGAUGGAGGCAUGGAGGGGGACGAAGCCCCCAAGGUGGAAUCCCCCAAUGCUGAGGCUGUGGAGGCAGAAGAAGCCCCCGAGGCUGAGGCUGUGGAGGCAGAAGAAGCCCCCGAGGCUGAAGCCCACAAUAGUGACGCCUCUAAGGAAGAGGAAACCCCUGAAGCUGAAGCCCUAGAGGGGGAGGCAGCCCCAGCAUGGAGGGAUUCUGAGGAGGGGUAGAUGGUGGGGGGCUGUGGGAAGAGCUGAGUGGAGCAACACUCUAGCUGCUUCCUGACCUGCUCAGGGCACAGAGUGAAGGGGAGUCCCUGUGCCCCCCACCCUGCAUCCAGGCGGGGGGGCUGGGAGACUGUGGUCAUGUGGUCUCCCCUGUAACACAUUGGACAGAGAAAUAGAGG